AUGUUGUUGCUCUCGCACGAGAGCGUGGACAGCGGCGAGCGCGCGUACCAGCAAGCAGCCCCUCGUCAUUUCUCCAACGCUGCUUCAGCAAAGAUGCCAAAAGUAAAGAAGUCUCUUGGUCCCGCCUGGACUGCGCUCGACUACACAGUUCGCACCAUCAAUUCCAGCUCGCACAUCACCAAUGUCAACAGGUCUGAGCUCCUGAGCCAGUACACGGAGGCACGCGCCGAUCAUCUGGCUGUCGCAAAGCGCUGCAACGACUUCAGUCAGAAUGCAGCUGCUCUGAUUGCCGAACGCGAUCAAAGCAAUGAGACUCUCCGAGCUCGCGAGGCGGAGAUAGCCAGACGCGAUGCGGAGAUCGCCGCGCUCAAAGAAAUGCACCAUCAAGACCAAGUCAUCCGAGCACGCGAUGCUGAGAUCAGCAGUCUUAAGGAUGAGGCCAUCCGAGCACGCGAUGCAGAGAUCGCCAGGCUCAAAGCGCUUCUGGAAGGACAUGACAUCGGUGCGCAAGUCAAGCAGGAGGACAGGCCGUCACCCGAGAUGGAGGAAGUCCAGGUGAAAGACGAAGUCUCAGUCAAAGACGAAGAUGAGGAGAAAGACGAGCUCAUGGAGGAUGAGCUCGCAUCGGAUACGGAGGUAGAUGAGCUCGGGGAGGACGGAUGCUCGUCUUCACGUGGCUCGGACGCUGAUGACGAAAUGACAGACGCGACGAUCACGGGAGACCACGAAUCCAUGUUUGAUUGA